UAUAUUUUAUUUCAUAAGAUGACACAAACAGAGACCUCGAAUUGCGAAGAUUGUUCAGAAGUGGUUGAAUUACCAGAUCAACUUAUGGGUAUAUUCAAAGCACUUGCCGAAAAUGCAAAUAUUAUUUUUAAGUCUCAACAAAUUGACGAUCCGGAGUUAAAUUUGGAAGAAAAGCAACAAAUUGCGCAAGAUGCAUUUCAGAAAAGUCGUGAACAUUUUUUAAUACGAUUUGGCAGCUACCUAACCGAGCAACAAUUAAGCGAUUUUCAGACUGUGGGUGUAACAGAACCCAUCAAACCCAAUGAGAAUCUUCAAGAAAUUUGUCUGCUGCUCGAUGAUUUUAAAAGGAAGCUGGUAUCACGAGGCGUUUGCAUCAAGAAUAGGAGAUACCAUGCCAUGCAGCAGCUGUUGCAGCAGGGCGAAUACUUCAGCGAGCACGAAAUGAUGCAGCGUGCACCGGAGCUCUACCAGGAACUGGUCGGCCAAUACCUAACGGAACAGGAGAAGAAACAACGAGACAGUUACGAUGUAAGGAACACAAGCUUCUCAGGCAUAUUAAUGCAUACGUUGGAACAGAAACAGCGCGAGGAACUGCUGCAGCAAAAGGUUGACAUCAACACAGAGAUGCAUGAGCCGCCCACAGCGAACGUGGAGUGUGAAGUACCCGCCGCAUGUCGCCAGCAAUGGGGAGGCUUCGAAGACGACGAGCCCGUGGCCUGCUCCUCAAGUCGAAAUACUCAAUCCCCUUUAGCUCCAAACAAUCAUAUUGUAACGGCGGAGUAUUAUAAUCCAGGUGAAAGGGAGCUGCUGCGCAACGAGUUUAUGGGAUUAAUGAAGGAACGCUUUCUCAGUGGCCAGGACACAGACUUCGAUUACACAGCCGUCGAUGAUAACGCUCAGCUGGAUGAUCUAAAACAAAUCGAAAGAGACGAAGAGGAUGCCUACUUUGAGUCCAGUGACGGAGAGGAUCCCGUUGCAGCUGCUGCUGCUGCUGCUGACGAUACUGUACUGGAUGAGGGCGAGGAUGAUCUGGAAGUUUACAUGCGACAUCUAAAUCAACAUCACAGCUUGCAGCAUUAGUUUGUUUUUAUUUUAGCUUUUAUCCUAGCAUUAGAAAGUGUACACAAAGUGUAGGUUUACUUUAAACUUAAGAUGAUGGAUAUGUUCCAGAUCAAUCGAAUGGGACAAUAUCGCACUUAAUUAUAUAAAAUACAUGCAGA